AGAUCGUCACAGAUGAACUGCCUCAGAUGCAGCUCAACACGCUCUACACCCUCUACACGGUCUAAUGUGUUCAUUGUAAUGUGAUCGAAUAAUAUGUAGACGAAUUAGGUUCUCAUAUUUGUGUUUGCUAGCAUAGUAUUUUACAUACAUGAGACAGCCAGUGUGUAUAUUUAAGAUUCUGUUAUUUUAAGUACUUUGUGAUUUCCUUUGAACCUCAACACUAGAAUUUCAGCGCGAUUAUGUAUGUUUUCAUGUGCUCUACUUUCGUAGUCUGAUACGGUUGAAAGAUCUGUGUAAUACGUAUUGUAACCGCCUAACAGGACAAGGUGUAAGAAAGGUAGUAAUGUGUUAACGUCAGACUUAUCGAGAAAUAUGUUUGGUAGGAAAUGGAUAUGGAGGGCGUGAUGAAAUUUAACAUUUGUGCAUCGUGUUUGAUGUGUAUGUGAGUUACGGAGAUGUUGAAGUAGGUACUGCAUAUGAAAAACGUAUAAUAUUUUAUUUACUUACAACAUUAACAUUGACACAGACACGAAAUUUAGUCUUGGAAUGGUUGUGCACAAGGGUGAAUAAAAUGAAUCUAGUUUACAUUUAUAUUUAGUUGACCCAGUUUUAAUGCGUUGUGAUAUUCAUUCAUAUCAUUGACCUUUGAUCUGUUGUGUGUUGAAGUCAAAAUAAUAUCAGCAUAAACUGUGGCAAUCCUGUGGGUUACCCGGGAAUCGAAAAUAAUAAACGAAGCAUGUAGUUAAUGAACAGCUGUUGCCAAAUGACCCAUUAUGGGAAUGUAUCAACAUGACGUCCGUUUUUUCACUCGGAUUACAAAAUAUAUAUUAUUUGAAGUAAUCUUGAAUGUGUUAUGUAAAAUGGGAGUGUUUUUAAGUAAUUAAUUCCUUGUGAACAGUGCCCAGGUCUAAAUUGUGGGUUGUAUUGUGCUCAUUUAAACAAAUGACAAUGUUGCUAAGUUGUCAGUCCGCAUGUAAUGGUAGAGGAGUAGUGGCUCUAUGUGCUUGUAUUCAGUGUCUUCACAGACUGGCUUAGUUUCAUAACUCAUGUUGGUGGCUGGUGAAUACGGUAUGGCAGAAGGUGCUUCAUCAACAUCUGUUACAAGUUUGCAUCCAAAUAUUACGGAGUCAUCAGUACCCUUAGAAGAGGACCACUUCUGCAAGCUAAUUUUAUAUAUUGAAAUUAGUAAUUCCAGAGUUCGGAUUUGGGAUGUAAUCAUUCUGGUUCCAAACCUCUUGUUUCUCCUGUUUCUUGCAUUGAGAUUCAACAGAGCACGAUUAAAACUACGUGCCACUAGUAGCCCCAUUUUCUUCACAUUCUAUGGACUGGUGGUUGUGAAUGUUGUGAUCAGCGUGAUUCGUUGCAUUGUUUCUAUGACAGUAAAUGCUUCUGCUGUAGUUGGAGGUUAUGUUGAUAAAGGACUCUGGAUUACUGUACGAUUUUUUCUUCUUGCCAUGGAACUCAGCGUAGUCAUUUUUGGAUUGGCAUUUGGCCACUUGGACAGUAGAAGUAGUAUUCGUUAUGUACUGCUUGCAACAUCUUUAAUUUCCUUGGCCUUUACUAUUACUCAGGGUGUGCUGGAAAUAGUUUCACCUGAUGAAAUCUUCCAUGUAUAUUCCAAAGAUUAUGAUCUUUUUGGCCAUGGAGGAAUGUUGUUCUGGUUUGUCAGCUCUGUUGUAUUCACUUUGGUAUAUCUCACCAUAUUAAUUUUACCAUGGACAAGAUUAAGAGAAAGAUUAGCCUUGCCUACCAAACGUUCAUUCUACAUAUAUAUAUUUUUCUUGGUGGUGCUAUACCUUGCUCAGUCCAUAGGCAGUGGCCUUCUAAACUAUGGUAUUGGAGAGGGACUUUGCAUUGUGGAUGUAACAACAUGCAUUUACUUCACGCUGCUAACACCACUAGUCUACCACACGUUCCUCAGUGAGUUCUUUGGCAUAUCUCAACCAAGCAUAAUGUUUUCCUACAAAGCACAAGUGGAUGACAAUGUGGAAGAUGAUACAGUGUCACUCCCACAUCAGCAGUCGUUCUCAUCCCUCAAGACUGAUUCAGAUUACAUUUACCAAAAUAACAGUGUAUAUGAUAGUACCCAGUUUGAUAACGGUGCAACUCCAGUGAAUCCUCUGUAUGCUGCAUCAUUACAAAGUCCUGACAGCAUCACAGGCUACAGCAUUGAUAGUGCCCAGUCACUUGAGGUUGGUGCAGCUGGUCAAAGCUACCAACAAAAUUACACAGUUCAGCAACAGUAAAAUAUUUGUAUGGCUUUUAAAUUGUAAGUUUUUGUUUAAAUACAGUGACUGGACUUUUAUGAAACCAGAUGUGUAUCAUUCACAGGCUACAGAUCUAGCUAACUGGAGCAAUAAAACAUAUUAAAUGCUGUUAUAGUGAAGAAUGACAAAAACAAGCAUGACACGGAAAUAAUUCAUCUUGAGAAAUCUGUGAAUGAAAAUUUCAGAUAUAAAGACCUUUUCAUUAUCUUGUUCACUGAACGCAGUGAAAUAGGCAAGGAAAAUAGUUUCAGCAUUGAACUGGUGAAGGAUUCAUAGCUGAUUUGGGUGGGUGGGUGUGUGCAUGCGUGUGUUCAAGAAUGAAUGGUCUUUUCCUGAUGGCAGUUGCAUAGUCUGCUAAAUGACAUUUGUGAUCUGGACCUGAUCACAUGGAAUGAACCUCGUGGCCCAGAUAUGAUGUGAUUAUGACCAUACAAUGAAACAGUGAGAUUAUAUAAACACGAAAAUGACAUCGACAGGAGUGAAUUCACUUCACCAUGCCUAACUGCUCUCUUGGCAUCCAGUCAUUGAACAUAAUUUGUCUAGUAAAUGCUUCUGUUCCUCUCUCAUCUUGUCACUAUUUCUAUAUGUAAUGAAGAAGAAGUUCUAAUGUGUGGGUAGUGUAAUUUCAGAUGUGUAUUGUUACAUUGUGAAAGACAGAUUACUGACGCACUUCAUAUAUCUGUCUGCUGUUUUCCGACACCAUAUGUUGCCAUAGUGGUCUUAAUUUCAUAUGCAUGUGAUAAAUGGGUUGGUUUAGUAAUGUUUUCUUUUUCUUUCGAAAUGCCUAUGCAAGGGGUGAUUAAUCUUGGGUGCCAAGUCUCUGUGAUACAUAAAAUUUGAAUUGUGGUUGUCAUUUUUGUCGGGGGGACAUUAUUCUAAAUUUGUUUUAUAUUCAUGCAUGAAUCAUUUUUAAAUUUGCAGUUUGUAGUUGUGAUUCAGUCAUGUAGAUUAUGGCUGCAGCUGAUGGCAAAAGCAGAUGUUUUUCUGUUCAGAUUACAUCAUCAGUUGUCAGAAAAAUAUGAACUUUGAAAUUGGCAUAACAAAUGAUUUGACAUUGAUUUGUCGUAACCAUCACGCUCCAGGCAUGUGCUGAGUGAAGCUUUAUAGGUAUUCUCGAGUCUUUGUCAGUAUAUGUAAAUCCGUUGAAUUUCAUGUUUAACACUAGUAAAUAGUGAUGUGUUUGGCGAAGUAACUAUUCAGUGACAUUCUUUGUUAUGGCGUCAAAUUUCUGUAAAAACAAUGCAUUCUUUAUAACCUGUGCCUAAAAGAAGUACUCAUAUUUCUGAUCGUUGUCUGAUUUCCGUCUUGGUUAAACGUCUGUGUAUCAAGUCUGUCAAUAAUGCAACAAUCAUUCAUUCAUUUAUUUGUUCAUUUUCCAUAAAUCCAUACAGAAAACAAUUUCAUAGGAUGUGGAGAUAGUCACAAAUAAAGCACUACAAUGUUCAUAUAGUCAUACACAUCAGAAAGUACAUAAUAAAGUAAGCAUCAACAUGAACAUUACUUAUUAUAACUAAAACAAUUAAGUUAUUGUAGUAUGAACAUAAUAGUAGUCUAGUAAUAAAAACCUAGUAAAUGGCAACAUACAUACAAAUACAUUCCAUCAAAUAUAUGUAUAUAUCUAUAUGUCAUAAUACAAAUGCCGUCGUGAAUGGAUUGAGAUAUUAGCCCCAGAAGCAGAAACAGCAAUAAAUAACCUAGAAAUAGCAGAACAAAAUUAUUAUAGACAUCUAAUUGCAAAGAAAUUAA